GUCGCGUUCUUUAUUAUAAUCAUGCUGGUAUAUUUGCAAUCGCUAUGCGGUAUGAAGACCCAUGGACAUACCUACCUCGACCUCCACUGGUGCAAUUACCAUUCAGAUAAAAGUCGGCCCUGUAGCCCUGCAAAACUUCAUAGCUUGGAUGGAGCAAACUUGGACGAUUGAAAAGAGAGCGCCGGUAGAUCGAGUGCCUGCGUAUGCCUUGUUUCUUAUUCUUUUACUCGUCGUAGUUAUCAUGGCAUUGGAUAUUGUUCUUUUGACGCCUUUUGUUUCUUCGCUUUCUUUCCUUUCUUGUCUUUCUUCAUCUUCCAUUCUUUUGUUAUUGUUAUUGUUAUUGUUAUUGUUAUUUUUUUUGUUUUUGUUUUUGUUUUUGUUUUUGUUUUUGUUGUUGUUCUUUAAUAUUUUUUUUUGUUCAUUUCACUCCACGACCUCUUAUUCUUAUUCUUAUUCUUAUUCUUAUUAUCCUAUUUUAUCCGCACGCCCAUCCUGUUUAUUGUCCUUCAGCAAGUAUUAAUAGAUGCACCACGGAGCCCUCCUGUUAAAGGCCAAGAGAUAAAGAAGCAAUCGCAAAGUAUGAAAGAAAAAAAUACACAUGAAAGUCGGCGGCCACAUGAGGUCCAUGUCCGUAAUCCAGUAAGCUGUUCCUAAUGUAAACAUCCCCUUACGUCCCGCAAUUGCACCCUGUCCAUCCUUGAAAAAAAAAGCCCCUCAAUCUUUCGCCCUACGAUAACGACUAUUGCCAGUUGGGAUGGUCCUGCCUCCUGC